AUGGCUAUCGCUUCUUCACAGUCAAGAAGAUCGAGCGGUCCUGUCUUACGCUCUCUGUCACCAAGUGGAAGAUUACAAACGCACAACAAUUACAGCCUAUCUUCAUCUUCUUCAUCUGCUUUUGCAUCCUCAACAAGUUCAAGUUUUUAUUCUCCACCAUCCACAUUUUUCCAGAAUUCUCAUCAACGAUCAGCGUCUCCGACACGUGUCAAUAUUUAUUCAUCAUCUCCUUCUUUUCGUUUCUCUAUUGACCGAUCUAUCUCUCCUAGUCGGUCAAUAUCCGUUGCGAAAAAGAAUCACAGCCAUCCGAUCUCGGCUCCGAAGAGGAGCUGUAUGUGUUCUCCUACAACACACCGAGGCUCGUUCAGGUGUAGUUUGCAUAAAAACACUCCGAGUCCUUCUCAUUCGACGCCAUUUACUCCAAACCGGUUGAAUAUGAGGCGGUCCGCUAUGACAAAUUCUCUGGUUAGAAUCGGUGGUGUUGAAGGCGAGUGGGUGAAGAGAGCGUUGACAGCUUUGAUUAGGCCUUCAUCGCACCAGCAACGGAGGAGAGGCGCGUUCCUGCCGCGGCAGAGUCGGUUAUCAAUAAUGUCAAAAGCGGAUGAUGAAAUCUGUUGA